AUGGCACGCUACGAAUCUCGUCGCGUUGAACCCCGUCGUGCAAACACAAAGGACUCCUGGCUCACCAUUGAUUGGGGAAAGCCACAACCUCCAUCUGCCCUCCAUGGUGUCAUGGACCAAAUCGCAGGCACCAUCCUCCGCGACCGCGACCUCAUCGCCCAAGGCAAGCGCGAGUGGGCCAAAGCCGCCGCCAUCCGUCGCGCCCGUAAGCGCAAGGGUGGCAGCAACAGCAAAUCUGGUAGCGGCACAUCAACGCCCCGUCAUUCCAACACCCUCCGGAAUCCAAAGAGGGACCCCUCGCGAAGGGGUGGACGCGUCGCUGCGGGUGCUCGCAAGACGAGUGGAACCCCCGGCAUCAAGGGUUUCUUUGGCUCCCUCUUCAGCUCGAAAUCAAAGUCUUCGAGCGGUAGAAAGAGGACGACGCACUCUAGCAGCGCCGCCGCCAAGCGUUCGUUGACAAGACCUGGUCAACAUGGUGAGCAUUCCUCUAAUCGCUCCGGCUAA